UUUUAAGCCGCGACGGACCGGAACCGGACACGGCAUGCGCUCUGCUCCCACCGCAGCAAACCAUGGCUCCAUUUUCUUCACCCUCGCUCCUCGCCUCCUCCGGUGCCAACAAGCGCCCCGCCCUCGCCGCCGACGCCUCGGACCCCGCUGAAGAUCAACUUCCGCUCCCGCAGGACGACGGCGUCGCGGCGGGCAACAACAACAAGAGGGAGCAGCUGGAGUGCCCGCGCUGCAGGUCCCGCAACACCAAGUUCUGCUACUACAACAACUACAGCACCAACCAGCCGCGCCACUUCUGCCGCGUCUGCCGCCGCUACUGGACGCACGGCGGCACGCUGCGCAACGUCCCCGUCGGAGGCGCCUGCCGCCGCGCCGGCAACGGCAGCAACAAGCGCCGCAGGUCCGACGAGCCUGCGCCCUCGCCCUCGCCAUCGCCCUCUUCGCCGGCGGCGUACCGGGCGGCGGACGCGCCCCCGGGCUUCCCGUUCCUCACCGACGGCGCGUUCCUGCCGCAGUUCGACAUCGGGCUCGGCAGCGCCGCUGCAGCUCCAGCGGGUUCUCCGUGGAUGCCGGCUUCCUCGUCGGCCCCGGGCCUCGACGACGGGCUCACGGCGCCGUGGGGCGGUGCUGCUGACGGGACGCUCCCGGGCAGCGGCGUGUGGGACGACUUCACCGGCCUCGACCUCACCUGGCCGCCUCCCCCGCCACCGCCGCCAGCAGCCGGCAACUGAUCGAUGCCAUCGUCAUGUCAGCCGCUGCGUUUCAGGCUCCUGUUAGCAUCGCAGCCUCGAUCGGUACUCGGUAGUAGUUGUGUUCGUCUCAGCCUUGCACGAGAGCUGCUCCACCUUAUGAUAGACUCCACUCUCCGUUUGAUCUUCUGAUGCUUACACAACUGAUUUGGUGAUUGAUAUUUGAAUCCAAUGAACCAUGAUCUAUCCGUUGCUGCAGCAAGGAUGUAACUUGCUCUCUGUAGUGACCUCCAUAUAUUUGCAAUAAAAAGUUCAGUUUCUUCCAGUUCA